UCCCAGGCACUCCCUGCCCCAUUCCCACCCCAUUCCCACCCCAUUCCCCCUUUUCCAGCCCCAUUUCUCUGUCCAAUUACCCACCCCAUUCCCAGGGCAUUCCCUGCCCCAUUCCCACCCCACUCCCACCCCAUUCUCGCCCCAUUCCCACCCUAUUCCCAGCCCAUUCCCAGCCCGUUUCCCAUCCCCAGGUGCACCAGGGCACUCCCUGCCCCAUUCCCGCCCCAUUCCCACCCCAUUCCCCCCCGUUUCCCCCCCCAGGUGCACCAGGAUCGCUCCUUCUCCCCGGAUCGCCCGUUCGUGUCGUUCCGCCGGGCUCUGGCUGAGGCCGGGCCCCCGCUCUCCUCCUCCGUCCAGCUCGUCUCCUUCUACUCCCUGUCCAAGAGCGCCGCCGGAGAGUGAGCGGGAAUGAAUGCCGGGAAUGGGAUGUCCGGGAUGGAUCUCCCCGGGCUGAGCGCGGCCGUUCCCGCAGGAGCGGCUUCCGUGCGGGGUUCCUGGAGCUGGUGAACAUCGAGGAGGGGGUUCGGGAGCUCUUCCAGCUGGCCCAGUCCAUCCCCCGGCCCUGUGUGCCCGGCAGGAUCCUCCUGGACCUGCUCAUGGACCCACCGGACCCAGCAGAUCCCAUCGCGAGGGCGGUGCAGGAGCACCGGGUGUCCCUGUGCCAGGCUCUGUCCCGGAACGCUCGGAGGGUUCAGGAUGUUCUGGGCUCAGUCCCCGGGAUUCGCUGCCCGGCCCCGGCCGGGGGGCCCCGAGCCCUCCUACGGGUACAGGGCACGGACACCGACAGGGCGCUGUCACUGUCCCGUGUUCGGUACCGGCGGUCGGAGGAGCUCCCGGAGGUGCUCCCGGGGGUGUUCCCGGGGGUGUCCCCGAAGGAGCUCCCGGGGGUGUUCCCGGGGAGCCACUUCGGGCUCGAGGGGGGCUCCCACCUGGGGCUGUCGCUGCUGCUGCCGCCGCAGACGCUGGAGCGGGUCCUGCUGCUCCUCACCCGCUGCCAAAGCCCAUCCCAGCCGGAAUGAUCCCAAGGGACAGGAGCCCCCGGGCUGGGGAGGGACUGGGGG